AUGGCAGAAGUGCCGAACGCUGAAGAGCCACGAGCCGAAUCCUCUCUGCAUCCGCCGGCUGCGGCGCAGCAAGCCGACCAGAGUCAAAAUCCGGCAGCUGAAGACGACGCGACUGAGACGGGACAUGUCGUUGGCGAUGAUGAGGAUGAGAAUCAUGUCGCUGGACUGGAGAUAGACACAUCCAGCGAUUCCGGCUUUGGCGACGAUGAGGCCGGCUCGGAAACCAGUUCUCUUGCAUCUUCGCUGCUAAGAGGUCACAUCGAGAAUGGACGAAAAUACUCGACCUUGCGUGACGACUACUGGGGUCCCUCGGACGAUCAGCAGUUCGAGACUAUGGAUGCCGGGCAUUUCGUGUACCUGCUCAUGGAGAGCGGCCGUGAUAAUCCUCUGUUCCGCUCUCCGCUCAGAUUCCCGAGAAACGUGCUCGACAUUGGCACAGGAACCGGCACGUGGGCGAUCGAUGUUGCGGAUAAGUUCCCUGACGUGAAUGUACACGGCGUAGACCUGUAUCCGCCUCCAAACUCGUGGGUACCACCGAACUGCUUUCUGGAAGUACAAGAUGUGCUGCAAGAGUGGACGUGGAAUUACCAAUUCGACCUUGUCCACAUGCGACUCCUGCUAGGCGCUUUCACAGAUGCAGAAUGGGACCAAGUAUAUCGAACGGUCUACGAAAACCUGAAGCCUGGUGGAUGGAUUGAGCAAGUCGAGCUGGAUGUCCGCGUCAUGUCGGAUGACGAGUCUCUACCCAAAGACAGUCUAUUGGCAGGCUGGGGCCAGAACUUCCUUGGAUGCUCGGAAAGAAGUGGCAGGCCACUAUCGACGCAAACCACAAUGGCCGGACGCAUCACUGCCGCAGGAUUCACGAACCUGCAAGAUGAUCUCUUCAAGUGUCCGCUGGGUUCAUGGCCGAAAGACAAGAGACUGAAAGAAGCUGGUAGAGUCAACCUCCACCAUUGGUCUUCUGGACUAGAUGGCUGGGCGAUGUGGUUGUUGACGAAGCAUGGAGCUCCGACGCCCUGGAGUGCAGAUGUGGUUAGAGUAUAUGUUGCGAAAGUGAGACAGGAGUUGAAGCAGAAAGGUCUCCAUAUCUACCAUUUCACGCGGAGAGUGUGGGCACAGAAGCCAUAUGAUGCUUGA